AUGCACCUUGUUUUUUACGGUCCACCAAAUAGUGAUGGAUGGCUAAAAUUGCUGCAGUUGAAGUUUCACUGUUACAGAUCUGCAGUCAUACGUUAUGAUACCAACAGUGAAGCACUGAACACUGUGGAGGAAAAUUCUGAGCUUACAUUGCCGUCACCUGGUAUCAUGUCAACAGUGUGUCAUCAUCCAACACCAUCACCUAUCGUCAUCAUUUAUCUCCCUACAAAUGGUUUACUGGAGCUCAUAGCGGGGUCAUAA